AAACUGCAGUCUCACUCUCCUCCCUCCUCUGUCUCUUUUCCUGCUCUCUUUCCCACCUCUUGUCUCUGUCUCUCUCCUGUUCUCGCUGCAUCUUAUCCACCCCCCUCUUCUGCUUUCAUUCAGAUUAUUUAUCCAUCUCCUCCUCGCUCCCUCUGCUGUGUCUUUCUCCUCCCUCUCUUCUUCGUCUUCCUUGUUGCCGCUGCUCUUGCCGCCUCACCCCUACAUCCCUCCCUUCCUACGAACGCUCCCGCCCUCCUCCUCCUCCUCCUCCUCCUUUUGGAGAUCUUCAAAGCUGCCCAGCACACACUUGCACAUAGCAUAACACACUCCUCUCCUGCGUGGGAAAAACAUGUCAGCUAUUCUGGAUCUGGACCAGAUUGCAUGCUCUGGGAAUGGAGUGGAGCAUGACAUUGAGACUCCCCAUGGCGUUCUCCAUGUCACAAUGAGAGGUGUUCCCAAGGGCAACAGACCCGUCAUCCUCACCUAUCACGACAUCGGCCUCAACCACAAGUCAUGCUUCAACACCCUGUUCAACUAUGAGGACAUGCAGGAGAUCACACAGCACUUUGCAGUGGUUCACGUUGAUGCACCCGGCCAACAGGAGGGUGCACCUCCCUUCCCCAGUGGUUAUCGCUACCCGACCAUGGACGAGUUGGCUGAAAUGCUGCCCUCUGUGAUGACUCAGCUCAAGGUCAACAGCGUGAUCGGCAUCGGCGUGGGUGCAGGAGCAUACAUCCUCACCCGCUUUGCACUGAACAACCCCACCCUGGUGGAGGGGCUGGUUUUGAUCAACAUCGACCCAUGUGCUGAGGGCUGGAUCGACUGGGCAGCUUCAAAGCUGUCUGGAUGGACCAGUAAUUUGGUGGAUAUCGUUAUGUCUCACCACUUCAGCACCGAUGAGCUGACAGAGAACCAGGAGCUGAUCCAGACCUACCGCCUCCACAUCGCCCAAGACAUCAACCAGGACAACCUGGCCCUCUUCUGUGGCUCCUACCAAUACCGCACAGACCUGGAGAUCGAGAGGCCAAUUGUCGGUCUGAAUGAGGACACAGUUAACACACUAACAUGCCCUGCGCUGCUGGUGGUUGGUGACACAUCACCUGCUGUGGAGGCUGUGGUGGAGUGCAAUUCUAGGUUAAAUCCUACCAAGACCACACUGCUAAAGAUGGCUGAUUGUGGAGGUCUGCCCCAGGUUGUGCAGCCAGGGAAACUUGCUGAGGCCUUCAAGUACUUUGUUCAGGGAAUGGGCUACAUUCCCUACGUUCUUCUCAGUCACCUGAGCAACGAAUCAGUGCCGUCAGCAGGAAUGACUCGUCUGGCUCGCUCACGCACCGCCUCCUCUUCCAGCAUCACCUCCAUGGACAGCAGUCGCAGCCGCAACAACCUCAACAGCCUGCUGGAGGGCAGCGCCACCGGGGCCCUGGACAACCAGGCCGCACCCCAGACCAUGGAGGUGUCCUGCUAAACCCCACCCUCUGCACACUCCUAUAGUAACUUAUGUGCCCUCUCUUUCUCUCUCUGUCUCUCUCAUCCCGCUCCUAAGCAACUCAACCCCAGGAGGAAAUGUAUUGAACUAUGUGAUUAGAAAAGAGGAUGUAAUAAAUAUAUUAAGAGAUGCAUAUUAUUAAAUAUUGAAUAUACUGUAAAAGUCACAUUCCUACCACAAACCAUAACUACAUUCAGAUGUGUUGUACAUUCAAAUGGUCAAACUAAAUGAUCGACUCAACCCCCUUGUAUUUAUUUUUUGUUCACAUUGUCUUUGUUUUUAAUGUCUUCACACACUGUAGAACUCCUCCAUCUGUUCAGAAUAACUUGAUUGCACAACUCUUUUUACUAUUUAACCAUCUCUCCUGUUGUGAACUCUAAACCUGUGGGCUGCAUUGAUUUUGAGUCACUGUGUCUUUGUGUUUUAAUCCCGAACUUGCUGCAGUGUGAGGCCAAACUGGUCACAAAGUAUGUUGAGGGAUCACUCCACCUACUGUAGCUGCAGAAGUGAAGGUAAAGUGAUACAUGGAAGAAGCACUGCAGACUGUAGCACACUAAACUAAAGCUUUGGAGAGAGAACAUUCAGUGUUAGGGGGAGACGUCAUGCACCAGUGUGUCCCUUCACAUAUGUUCUUUUUUUUUUGUAUUCUUUUUGUAACUCCUUUUCUUUCUGAUUUGUGUUGAUGUUUUUGUUCAGUUCAAUAGAUUAUUAAGUGAUGUUUUAACAACCUUUAACAUGUGGGUACUCCUGUGAAAAGUAUGAGUCCCUUCACUGAGGGGCCCCAGUGGUGCUUCUCACUGUCUGCUGAGUCAACUCAUUUAUAUUACUACUGAAUAAAGCUACAACAUGACGACAC